GUAGACACGGAAGUCCGCUGCAUAUGUUCCCACUUUCCUUCAGUUGUGGAUCUGCAUUUGUUCAAAAAUCCGGAUUCGUUGGAUAUGGUGCGACGACAUUUGUCCGAUAAGUAGAUUCAAAUCGAUCGGUGGGUGAUUAUAUAAGCUGAAGACGUGUAGCCACGUUCGGCCCAGCUCCUAUGAGAUGGAGGAGCUCUACACCUUGGAGAGGGAGGUGGGCCGAGGCAGCUAUGGCGUGGUCUUUGAGGGCCAUAUGGCCAAAACGGGACAGAAGGUGGCCAUCAAGCGCCUCCCCUGCAGCAACCCGGAGUGCAUUGAACUCUACCUGCAGGAGCUGUGGGCCAUGAGAGCCACGGCCAAGAACCACGUCAACGUCAUCGCCCUCCACAGCUGCCUCCUGCAGACGGGACCUCGCAGCCUGAAGCCUCUGAAACCUGGAAAACUGCCUCUACGUUUGGUUGAGACCGUGCUGAAGGGCAGCGUGGUCGGAGCACAAAGCGAGGACAGAAAUGAUGUCCAGACUAACAUCCAGAGGAGGACUAACUCUGUCUCCAGACUUCAAGACAAAACCAACACCGUCCAGGCCAGAGCUAAGCUCCAGGAGAGGCCGAAGUCAAACUCAUCCGACUCUACGACCCCACAAAGACCCUCCAACAGAUCCAGGAAGAGACCGUCUGAGAGCAGAGAGGAGCAGCCGGGCCCUCUGCGAUGCCUGGCCCUGUGGCUGGUGAUGGAGUACUGUGAUGGAGGAGAUCUAAAUCAGUAUCUGCUGUCCAGACCUCCAGACGUCCAGCGUAACCUCAGCGUGGUGAGACAGCUCUGCAGCGCCGUGUCCUUCCUGCACAGCCUCGGCAUCACCCACCGAGACCUGAAGCCCGACAACGUGCUGGUCUGUGUGACGCCAAAGGGCCCCGUCGUCAAGGUGGCAGAUUUCGGUCUGAGUAAGAUGAGUAAAGACGUGAUGGACGGCGGGCCGAGCAGGCAGCACUUCUCCUCCACCUGUGGCUCUGACUUCUACAUGGCUCCAGAGGUGUGGGGGGGGCUGCCCUACACGGCCCAGGCUGACAUCUUCUCCCUGGGCGUCAUGUUCUGGGCCGUUCUGGAGAAAAUCACCUUUCUGGAGGAAGGAAGUUCUCAGGAGCAGCUGGGUGCGUAUGUGAGCAGAGGUCGCUGGUUGAUGCCUCUGGGGGAGGCUCUGUGGGAGAACGCCGGCCUCCAGCUGAUCAUCCCGGUCAGGUUUAAGAGGGCGCCCCCGCUGCCGCCCCCUCCUGGUCGGGCCGUGUGUUCGCUGCUGUCAGACAUGCUGGCCUCCGACCCGGACGCCCGGCCCCCCGCCCAGCAGCUGGAAGCCCGGCUACGCUCCGCCGUCAGAGAGGACGCCCACUGACAGGCCAGAGUAAUGGACCUCUACAAGGACCUGCUGGAUGGAAGCAGCAGCCGCUCUGCUGCCUGGGGGAGAAAUCCUGAGGAUUAUGGGAUGGAAGGUGCUGCUUUAGUCAUGAAAGCAGCCGCUGGGUUUGGAGAAAAGCAGCAGAAAGAGACGAUUUCCAGUCCGGCCUGGAGAUCCUCUGGAGGAUCCGGUCCAUUGACCUCAGACCCCCUCAGAUGAACACUGGAUGGUCCUCAGAUGGAGGUCUGGAUGGAGGUCUGGAGGGACUGGCUGUUUCCUGGAGCACUGAUGCUGACACAGAAAUCCAUUUCAGUCCAUUUAUGAGGAAACGCUGCUGCUUCUCAAACAGGACAACGGCUUUAAUGGUUCUGUCUUUGUUCUGGGUUUAAUUCUGAUAAAUGUAGCAGAUGUUUGGGUUUCUGAUGUUUACCUGAAUAAUUCCACAACACGUCGAUGUAGCACGGAUCUGAUAAUUCUCUGAAAAGAUCCACAAAUCUCCUGCUUUAUUUGCAUUUUACUGUUAUUAAUUUAUCUGAACUGUUGAUGUAUUUUUGUUUUUUUAAUGUUUUUGUUCCAGGUAGAAUAAAUAUAGAUCUCUGUAUACCUAUAAGGUGGGCUUGAUUCAGUUUAAAAUAACAGUUAGCACCUCAAAAUGUACAACAGACGGAAACUAACAUACCUUCUUCUUCUUUAUCUUCUUCUUCUUCUUCUUUGUUUUCGUCUUUAUCUUCUUCCUUUUCUUCUUCUUCUUCCGCUUCUUCUUCGUUUCUUCUCCCUCUUUGUCUUUGUUUUCAUCUUUGUCUUCUUCUGAUUGAUCUUCUCCACCUGUAAAACUUGUAUUUACGGGGGGGUGUCCAGCUGUUGUAACGUUUAAUAUCUGAUUUUAUCCAUCCAGAAUUUAAAUUACUGAUAUCAAUAACUUCAUUGGGACUAGUCAGGAUUUCAACAAGUCAGAGCCACAGAGGUGUCCGUUGUUCACUUUAACGAAUCCAGAGAAAAGUUCAAAACGUCUCAGAAGUCAUCGGUAAUAUUCAGAUUGUUGUUCAUGAUGACGUUUCUUCCUGGAUGUUGAACAAGUAGAACUAAAGGAGGCUGAAGGAGUUCAUCAGUAAAGGAAAGGAGCUUUAUUUAUUCGAUGGUUUUAUUAUCAUUUAUUAGAGACAUGGAGGUAAAACUACGGAUGCAGCUGAUAAAUGAUAUUCAAGGUUUAAUUAACUGAAAUCUUUCAGUCAAUGUUGUUUCUUUCAAUUUGAAAUAUCUGGAUUAAAUGGAUGCAGCUCAGUUCCAUUUUAUAUCAUUAAGAAUUCUGAUUCAGUUUAACACUAGACGCGUCUGUUCAUGGAGUAUUUCAGAGACAGUUUUUUUUCUUUUCAAUUAUCUGUAUUUAAAGUGAUAUUAUUAAAAUAUAAUUGAAAUGAAACCGCAGCAACAGAAGAAACGACCAAACAUACUAAACUAGAAAAGCACUCAGAGUUCAGAGGAUAGAGAGGAAAACAGGAAACCCAUGCAGUAAAGGAUCAGGAGCUGGAAUCAAACCUGCGUCUCUGACACAGUUCUGUUUAUGAAUCACCUUCUUAACCAGUUGAGCUAUCUGGACACCUUGCUCCAAUUUGUUGGACGACAUACUAACCUAUGAUGUUUUUGUCAUAUUUUGGACCACAUACUAAAACAUACUAAAAAAUUCAAAGUGAUCCAGAAUCCAGGAUCCUUUCCGGAUUGCCACCAAAAUUAAAUCAGAUCUUCCUCUUACCAUAGUCUACAUCCCCUCAAAAUUUCAUGUGAAUCUGCCCAGGCGUUUGUGAGUUAUGUUGCUAACAGACAGACAGACGCCGGGUGUCACAUAACCUCCUUGGCGGAGGUAAAAAUGAUCUAUCAGUUAGAACAUGGUGAAAGUGCAGCUAAAGUUAAGUUAGUGAAGCUACAGAUAAGCAACGUUUCCUUUUACUUCCAGAAAAAAAAAAGCCUCAUAUUUGCUAUUUAUUAAAAAUCACUAAAAGCAACACUUCCAGUUUGUUUUAGUUUGUUGGUAUUUAUGGGUGGAGCAGCACAUUUUCCACACAGUUUUACUGCCCGUUGUCUUGUUUUAUCAGUGUUCAGUUCAGUAAUUCAGUCCUUCUCUCCAACUUCUGGAUCUCUGGAGCUGCUUGUUCAAAUAUCUUCUAGAGGUGCUGAAGCUCAGAAAGUCUGAGAUGUUUGUUCAGAAUCAGCUCAUUCUCCAGUCUGAUCUGAACUGUCCUCUUUAGUUUGAACUUUCCCUAAACUUAGGAGUUAAUGACAGAGCAGCACAUCCAGACUCAGUCUCAUUUAUGUACAGAUUAAACUUCAGUGUCAUUCAUUGAUGUUAAAGUGCAGUUUUUCAUGUUUGUUGCUCAUGCUCCGACCAAACCAGUCCAGGUGGAAGACGAUGUGAAGAGAAGCUCCAGAGGAUGAAGAUCACACAUUUAUGUUGGAAAUAAAUGUCCUUUAAUUAGACAUUGUCAUGCAGAAGUUGCAUUUCCCUUUAAUGAUGUUCAGAUCUUUGUUGUUUUGUUGAUGUUGGUUUCUAAAUGUUUUCUGACACUCGGCCCCAAACAUUAAAACCUUCUACGGCUCACAAGCUGCAACAAUUCACACAUUACCAACGAUCUUUGUGACUAAACGAAGAUAAAAAGUGAAAAACUGUUGAUUCCUGCAUCACCCGGUGAAGUUUAAGAAGUCUGAUGGCGUUAAUAACACCCUGACAUCCAACCACGAGGAGGAGACUCACAUCCUCACUGAUUUUUGUUCAGGUUUUGGUGUUUUUUAAAUGUUUCCUCAUGAUUUCAUGGUUGUUCUUGGAGUCCAUCCAGUCUGAAGCGAUGCAGAGCUUUAAAAGUUCCCUAAAACUCUGUUCCUGUGAGCGUUUCAGUGAAUUCAGUGAAUAACGAUCACUAAUACCUGGACAGGAAAUUAAAUCCACAGCACUUAUUGCUGCUCAUCACUCUUAGUCAGGGACUCCUUCAGUGUUUUGUUUUGUAAUAAAACAUGAAUUGUGUCCAGAAGCCGUAUUUUUUAAUCAACUGUAACCUAAAUAAAGAUGAAGCUGAACCGUCUCUA